UCAGAGAUGCAAUGGCCUUCUACAUAUUUUAGGAGUUGGUCAGAAACAAGUUUUUCAAGGAUUUUGGAGAGGAAUUGGAAGCUUUGAUACUGGUCUGUAAUUUUCUACAAGUGCAGGGUCUAGAGAAGGUUUCUUUAGUGAAUGCUGGCAAAUUUAUGCAUCCAAACAUGAAACUUAACACAAAUGAUAGCUCAGAUAUUUCACUAAAUUGGCAUGUGCUUGUCUAAAAUGGUUUUGUUCUCCAUUUGAAAACUACAUAGUGUUGGUCUGUAGUUAAUAUCUAAUUUUAGUAUCUGUGAGAGUAUGAGGAGAGAACAGUGUGUACUCUCAUCCUGGUCCCAAAUCUGACUCAGUGUACCUGUCUGGAAUGCUGAAAUGAGGACACAAGCACAUAAAAACACAUUUACGAGCUCAGUCAUGACCUUUUUGUUAGGCUUCUCAUUGUUGAGUAAAAUAUUAACCAAGUGGAUGUACUCAUACUGGUGCUGCCUGCUUGUGUUGGGGACAGGGCUCACAGAGGGACAGAUCUAUCUAUCCAGUCAAGUGUGUUGAUUUAUGCUUUUUAUAAUGAUAUUAUUAUUAUUAUUUUUUUUUUAUGCACAAAACUUACAAUAUUACAAAACCUGGCUGUUUGAAAAAAAUCUUAUCUAAAUCAUUUUGUAGAUCGGUAAAAAUAGAUUUUGGGGAUUUUGGACUUUUACAUUCUGUGACAUUUGGCUGAAUGAUCUUCCUUUCUUUAUUUUUAAGUUCUAGCUACUUUGGCUCAUUUAACAUUCUAUGGCAAAAUGUUGGUUAACCUGGAAAUUAAUGUCUUAUGAGGUAAUAUAACUUAAAUAUUAAAAUUCUCAUGUUUUUAUUAUUUCAUGCAUGAUAUUAUGCCUGCACGCACGCGCACGCACGCGUCUGUAAUUGGAACGUAAUGACAUAACCAGGGUACCCCUAUAUAAGCGUUGCCAAUCAACGUUAUUUUCCCCUUUUGCAUUUGAGAUUGACAGAGAGUAACGCGAGUUGACCCAGUGCAAAAACCUGAAUACGAGAAAGCUGUUUUUUGGCGAAAGCUAACAUAUCUUCUGCAGAACAAACUUUUCUUUGGUGGAUUACUUCUGACAAGUGGAUAAGUUUUCAUCAAUUUAAGAAAACAUCUGGAGAAAUGACUCUUCGUUGGACGAGAUCGCCGGCGCGUGAGGAGCACCUGCUGACCGGAGCUGACCUUUCUGACAUCGACGGUGGAAGACGCUCGCUCCUAGCCGACCUCAUCGGAUGUGCCGAUGAUCUCCUGCAGCGGAUCAGAGCCCUCGACGACGAAGGUGACAACCUCCCCGUCUUCAUCUCUGAGGAGAUGAAGGACGGGGGCGAUAAGGUAAGUAAACAUGAGUCCUUCUGCCAGCUCCUUUCUUCUCACGAUGAAGAUGAGGACGAUGAGGAUGAGGUAAGUGAACUUGAUGCCUUCUUCGAGCUCCUUUCUUCUGACGAUGAAGAUGAGGACGACGACGAUGAGGAUGAGGUAAGUGAACUUGAGGCCUUUUUCAAGCCCCGUUCUGCCGAUGAAGAUGAGGAGGAUGAGGUAAGUGAACUUGAUGCCUUCUUCGAGCUCCUUUCUUCUGACGAUGAAGAUGAGGACGACGACGAUGAGGAUGAGGUAAGUGAACUUGAGGCCUUUUUCAAGCCCCGUUCUGCCGAUGAAGAUGAGGAGGAUGAGGUAAGUGAACUUGAUUCCUCCUUAGAGCUCCUUUCUGACGAUGAGGACAAGGACGAGGGAGAUAAGGUAAGAGAACUUGAGGCCUUCUUCGAGCUCCUCUCGGAUGAUGAAGACGAGGUAAGUCUGCCUUUCUCAGAUGAUGAGGAUGAAGACUUGGACCAGAGUCUUCACCUGUCAGACGGGGAUGUCAGCACUGAUGCCUCUGACUACGACAGACUGUCUGACUAGGAAGAGGACUAUGGAAGAUGUCGGGCCUCCCUCUAAUGAACCUGUCCUUCUUUGCUUCCCGUCCCUCCUUUUGGGAUUUGGUUGAUGUUCCUCAGAGACUGAUUAUCAGGAUCCUGCAGAUUCCUGUUAGCAUGAGCAGCCUGUGGAACAGCACCAGAACCUCCAUCAGUGUCUGCAGCUCCCUCUUUAUUUCAGAAGAGGAGAUUUGAGCUAAAAGUCCUCAAUGAGUAGCAGAAAAAGAAGCCAGGUGCAGGUAGGAAGUAACCCUUGGAGACCCAGGUCCAUCAACUCCUUGACUCGGCUCUUCUGCAAAGAACCUGCAAGAAAGUUACCACCAUGAGACAGAGGAAGCCUUAUGAUCAUCAUUUCCAAAUAUGUAUUCUAAGUUAUGUCAAUGUAAAAUUCUGUGACGUUGGUUUCCUAAAAAGGUAAAUGUAGCUGCACCUGGCAAAUGCGUCGUUAUGAAAACACUAACAAAGCUUUUGCAAGUGUUUUUAUCUCUCCUCUAGGGGUUCAGUGAGUCCAGUUUGAAGAGAAGACGAGAUUGACAGCAGAGGAGGAAACCUGAUCCAGAGAAAUGUUGCAUUCGUAUUCAACACCAAUGAGAAAAAGGACUCUUCUGGUGUCGUUUCUAACAUUGCUGUGAAGUCUUAAAGAGUGGAUGUGGACACAUCCUCUGUAUCCUCUCCUUGAAGAGCAUCGAGCGGUUUCUAUGACAACAAGUAAAGGAGUUCCUCCUGCCCUCCAGAUGAGAAGGAUGGUCGACCGCAAGACAAAGUGGAGGAUGAUGGGAGAUUUUUCAUCAAACAACAAGGACUCGUGUCUUUGGCAUUCGUGUGACUCCUGUAGGAGGAAGUGGUCCAGACGAGCACAGCAGCAGUCCUUCACUUCCUGGGACACCUUUUUUUUUUUUUUUUUAAUUCUCAAAAUCUGAAAUCAAAAUGUAAAUACUGUACCUAGACUGAGAAGAUAUAACAAGAUCUACAUCAAUUUACUAAAUAUGAAAAAAUACUAGACUUCGUAAAAUACAAAGUUGUGUAAAUAGAAGAAAAAAAACUAAAAUAACACUCAAACUUAAAGAAAAUGGAAAACUAGAUUCAAAUUCAAGAUGCAUUAAUUAAGAUAUGAGUCGUAACAGAAGUUAAAGUAUAGAAGUUGAAACAUGUCAGUAAAAUAAUGAAAACAAAAGAGUCAGCAAGGAAGUUCAUUAAGAUCAUCAGGAUCGUAAUAAAAAUAUUAAAGUUUUAGAAAAAAGAUCUAUAUUGUAAUAUGAAAACCAAUUAAGGCUACUAAACUCCCAAUGAAAUAUGGAUAUUAGUGCAGAAAAAUAUGUUAGAUUUAGUAAAUAGUAAUUAAGAAUACAUGAAUGGUAUAAAUUAAAAUAAUGAUGAAAAUUAUAAUUAAAGUAAGAGAUGAUAAUAAUAAUAAAUGUUGUAAUAAUAAGAGUAAAUUCAUUAAUACAUAGAUAUACCUUUUGUUUUAUCAACAGCUUGACUGGUUUCAUGUCGAUUUCAGAAAUGAUUCCAGUCUAUUGGAUUAAUGAAAACAUCAGACAUGUAAACUUAUUUGAAUGUAAUGUCCUCUUAGAUUGUGUUAAACAUGUUUUUAGUUUAUUAUAGAACUUUUCAAUGUUUGUGCUCCUAUGAUUUCAAAACAUUUAAACCAAAUAAAUCUGAUUAAUUCACUAAAAUAA